AUGAAGGCUGUCGCGGCGAUGCUUCUGCUGCUGGCGCUCGUCCAUCAUGCAGCAGGAGGUCACCACCAAGGCCACAUCUGGCGCCACGGCGACGACGACCACGGCGGCCACCACCGGUCGCCGUCCCCUCUGGCCGGGCUGACGCAGUGCGUCACCAUCUGCGGGUCCGGGGUGACCUCCUGCAUGCUGGACUGCUACCAGCCGCUGAUCGACCUGGACCCCGUGGAGCUGCCCAUCUGCCUCCUCGAGUGCACCAACGACGCCAUGGUCUGCGCCUCCGGCUGCCCCGUCACCGGGAACAACGUCUAG